AUGACACAAAACAAGUCUGAAGAAGAAGUAGUAAACGAAGUCAUGGAACAACUUGUAGAUUUCGACGGAGGUGCAACAACCGAAAAUAACACUGAAAAAACAAAAAAUGGGGGAGGUGUCACUGCUGAAAGUUCCAAGGAAGAAUCGGCGAUAAACAAGGUCGGCGGUGAAGUGGUCAAACAAGAAACGAAGCCCUCGGAUAACGGGACUGUUAACACUAAAGCUGUAGAGAACGGUGAGGAAAAAAAGGAAACUAAUGGUGAAGGCACUGCUGAACCAACUAAAGACGUGAAGGAAGAAGUUGCUGUUUCCGAUGAGUCGUCGCCACCCCCAGACGGCGAAUAUGAAGUAGAAGUGAUUGUGGACCAUAAAAGAAGGAUGGGGAAAAUGACGUAUUUGAUAAAAUGGAAAGGCUACGGCGAAGAUGAAAUGACUUGGGAACGUGCAGAGGAUUUAUUCUGCGAAGAUCUUGUAAACGACUAUUGGGAAAAGACAAACAAAGAAGCUCAAGAGAAAGCCAAGUAUGGAAAUUUGAAGUCCAGCCGAAGAGCUAAAAGCACCACAUCAACCCUGGGUAGAAGCAAAAGUACCGCGUCGACCCAGAGUAAAUCUGAAUUUGGUAAACGUAGUCGAACCAAGGAAAAAGGGGAGGAAAAUGAACAACGACCACGUAAGCAGAGAAAGAAACAAGUCGAGGACGAAGAAAGUGAUUGGGAAAAUCAAGUGGUGUCUGUCGAAACUGUUACUCGUGAUGACAAAACUGGAGAAUUAAUGGUCUUUUUGAAAUGGACUAACGGAGAAACGUCAAAACACCCAAGUAGGGAAGCUAACCUCAAGUGCCCACAAAAGAUGAUAAGAUUUUAUGAGCAACGCUUGACUUUCGCACCCCCUGCAAACACGACUCCAGCAAAUACUACUACUUCGAGCACAACAGCUGCGAAUACAACCUCGACAACUACAAAGACUUAA